UUUGACAUUAUUAUCUCAUUUUUAAACAAGUAUUUACGCUAGUUGUAUUUAGACACUAUGUUAUUUCUACUCAGAUGUCUUGUCGAACUAUUGUAGUAAUGUCGUGAUAUCAAAAAUAACAGUAUUCGCUGCUAGCUUAGCUAACGCCAGUGUCCAAAUAAUGGGUCCAAAUUCCAUAAGCAGCUCGAUCUAAUCAAGUGCGUACUUUAACGUAAUUACUGUAAAGCUACUCCUGCUACUGUUUGUGUACAGAUGGCAACAUCCAAGUUAAUGAGAGCAAUUCGAGUGAGUGAGUUUGGUGGACCUUCCGUUUUGAGACUCUGCGACAUAACAGUGCCAAGUCCAAGUCAAAAUCAGGUACUAAUCCGUGUGCAUGCGUGUGGAGUGAACCCUGUGGAGACCUAUAUCCGCUCUGGUUCAUAUGCAAGGAAGCCAAGCUUACCCUACACUCCGGGGACUGAUGUAUCUGGGGUCGUAGAGGCUGUUGGAGACAGGGUCAAACUCUUCCAGGCCGGUGACCAUGUGUUUACAACUGCCACUGAGACAGGAGGGUAUGCUGAAUACACUGUAGCAUCUGAGGACUGUGUUCACAGCCUGCCAGACUCUUUAAACUACAAACAAGGAGCAGCAGUUGGGAUCCCCUAUUUUACAGCAUACAGAGCCAUUUUCCAUAAAGCACAUGCUAAGGCAGGCGAGACGAUACUCAUCCACGGAGCCAGUGGUGGCGUGGGUGUGGCAGCAUGUCAGAUGGCCAGAGCUUUGGGUAUGAAGGUGCUGGGGACAGCAGGGACCACAGAGGGGCUGGAGCUAGUCCUGGAGAAUGGGGCUCAUCAGGCCUUCAACCAUAGGGAGGAAGCCUACUCCAGCAAGGUCAUGGAGGCCACCAAGGGGCAAGGUGUAAAUGUCAUUGUGGAGAUGCUGUCUAAUGUGAACCUUAACAAUGAUCUGCAGAUGCUGGCCUAUGGAGGGAGAGUGAUGAUCGUUGGCAGUAGAGGCCCCAUUGAAAUCAACCCUCGAGACACCAUGGCCAAAGAGUCCAGCAUCAUUGGCGUUGCAUUGUCAUAUGCUACAGCUGUAAGAAUCUGGAUUUAUAAUAUCUUGUUGGAAGAGAAGGCUGAAUGUGCUGCGGUCCUGUUAGCUGGAAUGGAUGCUGGUUGGCUGAUGCCUGCUGUAGGAAAACAGUUCUCACUGGACCAGGCCUCCCAGGCCCAUAUUGAUAUAAUUAACUGUACUGGAGCUUCUGGGAAGAUGGUACUAACCAUGUGAAUGGAAAAUCUCUAGGAUUACUUUGAAAUGUGACUGAAUUCGGGAUAAAAUUCUAAAUAUUAUUUUCACUUGAAAUGUAGACACAAAGAAGAUGGUGAAUACUUUCUCUAAAAGUCUCUGUUUUUAAUCAUAUUAAUUUGUUGACAUUGUAUUACAUUGGGUCUAAAAAUAUCAGUCACUCACUGUCCAUAAGCAAUAUAUAAUUAAAUAAUAAAAUGAGUGCUAUUUUUACAAAUGAUUAAUUAGGAAAGGUCUAUUUUUAGAUUAAGUAUUGAGUUUAAGUGUGAUCUUUAACCCCCAUUAAGCACAAGUUACAGGCAACAGACAAAGGAAACUACUGAAUAAAUGACAAUUACAAAGUA